GGGAGAAAUUAUUAUCCAUCCCAUAUACCCCCAAAACUCCACUCCUCUUUGCCGUACCUUUCUCUCCCUUCCGAGUCCUGACCUACCAACGCAAUCCCUCCCUCCGAAGAUCGGAGCCGCCUCCUCCGCCGUCGCCGCCGCGCCGUCCUACAGCCGCCGCCGACGCGCCGCACCUCGGAGCCACCGCCGACGCCCCAAUCCCGCCACCCGCCACCCACGGCCCCCGCCCCACCGCCUCUCGGGGUCGUCGCCGCCAUCGCCGUCCCCGCUAUUCCUCGCCGGGACGUCGCGCGCUCUCCUGCCGCCUCCGCCCCGUCCCGGUCUCCGGCCACCGGGUCUCCUCGGAGGUACGAGCUCGGUUGGUCCCGUCCUGCGAUUCCCUUAGCUAAAUCCCACUAGGGGCCGGUAGGGCUCGACCUGCACGAUUCCUGGGUGUGCCGCGCCGGCGCACCCGGCACGCCGUCUAGAUCCGCCCCUGCCCAAGGCCGCGGUUAGCUAUCAUCCGUCGGGGCGCGUGCUGCGUGUUCUCCCAUUUCUUCGCCGUCCUGCCCUGGGGUUAGAUACCCGUUUGUGAGCGCGGCUUACUCGGCGCCAUGGGAAUGUCCAGUGUGUAACUGUUGUGGGCUGUUUGACCGGUUGCCACUGUAUGUUUUGACGGUGUGCAAUCAUAGUUGGAACCAAAAUGAGUAACCACUUUGUACACAUUACCCGCUUGAUCUUAUGCGUGAUGUUAUCGUUCCUGGAAAUAUGGUAAAUACCUUUCUGUUGGAUUGGAUUGAACUGAGAUUCUCAGAAUGUCAUAAUCAGGAUGAGAACAUCAAUGUAAUGAUGUUUCAGUUGUGAAAUAGCUUUCUGUGUUGUAAUUUUGUAGUUUUACCUUCCGUACGCACACUUGAAAAACGUGUCUUAUUGUCCUAUUUCUAUUUUUCUAAUGGCAAACGUGAGGUCAUCUUUUUGUCUUAUAAAUGUAAGCUUGUUAGUGCUAAUCUAGAUGUGUACAAAUAUUUUCGUGGCCGAAAUUAGGAAAGUUCAAUGCCGCUGCUCCAUUGUUUUGCUGCUAGAUGUGCAUGAUACGAAAGAAAAUGGAGUAGGGAUUGAAAUAUGUAUCUUAAAUGUUCCCUAAAUAUGUUCCCUUGAUCCAUGGACUGGCAUGUUUUACAUAGUCCUGUUAUUGUUCGAAGUGGGCAUCAAAUAGUUGAGUCUUAUAGCCUUUUGUAAUGUGUUGAUAUUUCAAAGGGGAACAGGGCAAUGUGUUGCCACUCCUGCUGUUGUUAGACCACUAUAUUUUAUUGUUAAUCAUGCUAUGUUCCAAACUCCUUUUUAUUCUGCUCAUAUGAUAUAGCCCAUCUUUUGUUUUCUGUCCUGAUGCCUCAUGCAUUUACAGUAGUAAUGUUCUGAAUUUAGUGUUUCUUGAACAUGGUCAGGGCAAUGGAUAAAAUCUAGAUGAUAAGUUGACUUUUUUCCUGCGGAUUUGCUUAUCGUGAAGAUGCACAAAGGGUCUAUAGCUCAAGAAUUGGAUGCUGACAAAAUAGAAGUUCCUUCACCAAAGGACGAAAGUAAUUCCGCUGAUUCGGAAGCUGCUACAGAUACUGAAAACUUUGAAAUUAGUGACGACGACGACGAUGAUCGUAAUCACAAGCACCGAAGAAGAGAGGCUAUGCCUCAACCUUUUGGUGAGAGUAUCGAAGAGCAAGCUGCAGGGAGGCCUUUUAAAAGAAGGCCCAGGAUUUCUGGUAAUGGGCAGCCUUUUGGUGGAGCUGAUUCACGUGGGGAAGCACAGAACAACUUCAUGCCAAAAUUCAAGAGGCGCCCUGGACUAGGAGCUCACAGUCGGGGAGGUAGAGUGAACCAAUCCUUCCAUUCAGCUUCUUCUGCUGCUCGCCCUCCUAUGACACGGGGAAGAGGACGGAAUGGUGCACCCUGGACUCAUCAUGACCCAAGAUUUAACACACUUGACAUGAUUGAUUUUGCAUCACAGAUGGCCUCACAAGGACCAGCAACACAUCCUAGCCUAUUUAUGGGUCCUCCACUGCCGAGUGGUGGUGGUGCUCAAAACGGUCCGUGGGGUCCGUAUGGAUUUAUGCCUGGAAUGCCUAAUGGAAUGAUGGAUCCAAUUCACCCACUUGGAAUGCAGGGCCCUAUUCAGCCUCCUUUAAUUGAUCUUGGCAUGCCUCGUCAACGUUGUAGAGACUUUGAGGAGCGUGGAUUUUGCUUGAGAGGGGAUAUGUGCCCCAUGGAGCAUGGUGUAAAUAGAAUUGUUGUUGAAGAUAUGCAGAGCUUAUCACAGUUCAAUCUUCCAGUCUCAGUUCCAAAUGCUCCAGGAGUAGGAAACCAAAGUGAGGCAGGAACUGCUCAUGUUAACUUCACAAACCUAGGGGGCAGUAAAGGUGUUCCUGCAAAAGAUAUCAAAUCUGGUGUGGCAGAUAAUCCAUCAAAGCUAAAUGGAAGCACUGCUUCAGCUGUUGCUGACGCUGAUGUAUACGAUCCUGAUCAGCCCCUGUGGAACAAUGAACGGCCUGAAGCAUCUAGUGCUGGUUUUGCACAUACUAAUGAUGGAAUAUGGAAUGCUGAAACCUCGAGCUAUGAAGCAGGGUGGGAGCAUGCAAACCAGAGUUUUGCAGCUGAUGAUUCACAAAAUCCAAAGUCUUCUGUUUGGGGGAGAAUAGCAUCAAAAAGGAAAUCCGGGCCUGGUAAAACAGCUAAUACUACGUCGACAAGUGCAACUGGAAACCAAAGAAGUGACUAUAAUGACGAUAUGACUCCUAGUACUGUCCAAGUAAAGCCUGCUUCUACGAAGGAUACUAAUGGUCGACCCAGUUCAAGAAUAUCUGCAGAUGUGGGCCGGCAAAGUAAUAAUAGAACCUCUCACAAAGCAUCUCGCACACUUUAUGUAAAUGGCAUUCCACCGGAAAGCAAUAGAUGGGAGUCCCUUCUGUCGCACUUUGAAAAAUUUGGUCAAGUAAUAGAUAUAUAUGUUCCAGCUAACAGUGAGAAAGCUUUUAUCCAGUUCUCUAAAAGGGAAGAAGCUGAAGCUGCCCUAAAAGCUCCAGAUGCUGUUAUGGGAAACCGUUUUAUAAGGCUAUGGUGGGCUAACAGAGACAGGAUUACUGAUGAGGGAGAAGGUAGAAUCUCUGCGAAACCUUCGCUGACAAAUUCUGCCCUUCCCCAACCAUCUUCAUCCAACAGAGGCAAGGAUCUUCAAUCUACAACUCCAAGGGCCAGUUCUGGAUCUUCUGCAUCAGGCCCUGGUAUAGGUCCUAAAAAAUUGCCUGCAAACAGUGUAACAUCAAUACCUCCUCCUGCUCCCAAAAGGCAAGAAAAUCUGGAAAUGCUGGAAGCAAUUCGUAAAAAACAAGAUAUGUUAGCUCAGCAGCGUGAUGAGUUACUUCAGCGGUUAGAGAAAUAUGCAAAACAAACAAGUUCAGCAAAUUCAGUAAAACAGGCAGAGGCUGGUGGAAAAGCAGUUGGGUCAAAUGCUAUGGGGAAAGUGGGCGAUGUCAGGUCCAUGAACACUAGGACAGAAGGGCCGCAAGAGGUUGCUGGUACACCGGAAAAGAAAAUUUCUGGGGAGUUGGCAUCUUCCCCAAAACAUGCUCCAACGUCCACACAGAAACCAGCUGUAGCUGCGAGGCAGCUAUCUCCUCUGUUAGCACCACCACAUAAUAGGUUUAAGCUUGACAACCGGACGACAUCGUUUAGGAUCCUUCCUCCUUUGCCACCUGAAAUCGCAAAUGAAACUGUCUUGAAAGACCAUUUUGCAGCAUUCGGGGAGCUUUCAUCUGUUGUACUCGAAGACACCGAAGCCCACAACCAUGAUACAACCUUAAAGCCUUCCCUGAGUUGCUCGGCUUGUGUGACGUACACAACACGGCAAUCUGCUGAGAAAGCAUUUAUUAGUGGCAAAUCUUGUAAAGGGCACAUGCUACGGUUUAUGUGGUUGACGGCCUCUCCUGGCUCUAAUAACCAAUCAAGACCUCAGAAAAGUUUAAUUCCCAUCAGGCCCACUUGCAUCUCAGGCCAAACUGGCAACAUGACAUCCGAGUCCCAAAGCCCUGUUGGGAAAAUCUCAUCCGUUGCCACAUCUGGUACAGCAGCCAUUCCUCAGAGUGAAUCCGUUCCAACUGCAGAAAGUUCAAAGACAUUUCCUAUUGGGAUUUCCAAAGAAUUAUCUUCUAGUUCCUCUCUAGUUCCAACCGAGUGUCCUGGAAAUGAUUCCACAAUGAGUGACGUCCUUACAGACCCUGGUGUUCCACAGUGAGGUGAUGGAGCGGAGCGGAUGGAGAAGAGCCGAUGGUUUUGACGCUUGUUUUUGGUGGCUCGUCUAUCACACAGCGAAUCUUUUACAGUGCCCUUUGGAACAUAUGUGAAAUCAUAUAGGGAACCUGUGGAGACAUGGGCGAUUGAUUUAUUGAUGUGUGUGUGUGUGUGGGGGGGGGGGGGGGGGGGGGCUGUUCAAGGCCAAGGGCACAACAUAUACCGGGCAAUUUACAGACGGUGUUGUCGCCCAUUCUUAGUUUAUUACGAGUGAAAUGUAGAUUUUGUUUUGGUUAUUGUACUGGUUUGAUCAGAUACCAUCAUCACCCCGCCGAAAGCGGCUGGCAUUGUGGUUGGAUUUUGUUGGCGAAAUCGAAAUGUAUGCAUUUGGGUGGAUCCUCCUGUCCAUGUCCCAGCAACAAUUUCCGGUCACGCAUCUCUAAACUUUUGCUGUGGAUAUUGAACUUUGGACUAUAGGGUCGGUCCCCUUGAAUGAGAAUUUUUUGUAACCUA